GCUUGUCAUUUGGAGCCAGUGGCGCGUCGUCCACUGUCGAGCUUUGAAACACCCUUGGAAAUAGUGGAGAAAAGCAAAAAAAGGUGGAAAAAAUAAACUUUGCUCCCCUUGGCAUGGGAUCAGCUUUUGUGCCCUGAAUUUAAUCAGCUCUUGUCAGUGUCGCUACCGUUUCUUCAAAAAUAUUCCCUUUCCUGAAUAUUACUGAAGAAUUGCUGGAAAAAAAAAAAAGACCCCUCCUCCCACCAAAAAAAGUCCCCCUUUCCCCUGCGACCUGGCUCCUCUCCCCUGAACUCUCCCAGAUGUCUGGUAAUUAGAGUGAAUUCGCCGCUUGUUCUUUAGUCAGUACUGUAAGGGGUUUCCUCCUAGAUGCUAGAAAAAACAAUGGAAAGAAGUCUUCAAAUCAAAAAUCUUACCGAAGCCUCUUAACAGUCUAAUGAUCGAGGGCGAAAAAGAUUCGAAAUGAGAUGUCUUGAUUCGAGUAGCUAGCUGCUCCAACACUGUGUGACCUUGGACAAGGAAAUUAACCUCAGAGCAGAUCUUUCAUUUCCUGAUUUAAAAGGCGACAUAUUCAGGCCUGGCUCCGUGGCCGACGCCAGUAAUUCCAGUACUUUGGGAGACCGAGGCGGGCGGAUCGCCUGAGGUCGGGAGUUCGAGACCUGCCUGACUAACAUGGAGACACCCCGUCUCUACUAAAAAUAACAUUAGCCGGGUGCAGUGGCGCAUGCCUGUAAUCCCAGUUACUUGGGAGGCUACUUGGAAGCCUGAGGCAGGAGAAUCGCUUGAAUUUAGGAGGCUGAGACUAUGGUGAGCCGAGAUCACACCCUUGCACUCCACCCUGAGCAACAGGAGCAAAACACCGGCUCAAGAAAAAAAAAGGAGAAUAAAGGCAGCCCCGUUGAUGACUGAAAAUGACAAAGCAUCCACCUAACAGACGAGGAAUCAGCUUUGAAGUGGGAGCCCAGUUGGAAGCCCGGGACCGUUUAAAAAACUGGUAUCCAGCUCACAUAGAAGACAUUGACUACGAGGAAGGAAAAGUUCUCAUCCAUUUCAAGCGUUGGAACCAUCGUUAUGACGAGUGGUUCUGCUGGGACAGUCCUUAUUUACGCCCUUUAGAGAAAAUACAGCUGAGGAAAGAGGGCUUGCAUGAAGAGGAUGGAUCUUCUGAAUUUCAAAUAAAUGAGCAGGUCCUUGCUUGCUGGUCUGAUUGUCGUUUUUACCCGGCCAAAGUCACUGCUGUUAACAAGGAUGGUACUUAUACUGUGAAAUUUUAUGAUGGAGUAGUUCAGACUGUCAAACAUAUUCAUGUCAAAGCUUUUUCCAAAGAUCAGAAUAUUGUGGGUAAUGCUAGGCCUAAAGAAACAGAUCACAAAAGUCUUUCAUCAUCUCCUGAUAAACGAGAGAGGUUUAAGGAACAGAGAAAAGCCACAGUGAAUGUGAAGAAAGACAAAGAAGAUAAACCCUUAAAGACAGAAAAGCGACCCAAGCAGCCUGAUAAAGAAGGAAAGUUGACCUGUUCUGAAAAGGGGAAAGUGUCAGAGAAAAGCCUUCCUAAGAACGAGAAGGAAGAUAAGGAAAACAUUUCAGAAAACGACAGGGAGUAUUCUGGAGAAGCCAAAGUGGAUAAGAAACCUGAAAAUGACAUUGUGAAGAGUCCACAAGAAAACUUGAGGGAACCCAAAAGAAAACGAGGCAGACCCCCUUCCAUAGCUCCUACUGCUGUGGAUUCAAACUCUCAAACUUUGCAACCAAUAACAUUGGAAUUGAGAAGACGGAAAAUAUCAAAAGGAUGUGAAGUCCCAUUAAAACGUCCUCGGGUUGACAAAAAUUCAUCCCAGGAAAAGUCAAAAAACUACUCGGAAAACACUGACAAAGACUUAUCGAGGAGACGUUCCUCCAGGCUGUCCACUAAUGGGACCCAUGAGAUCCUAGAUCCUGACUUGGUUGUAUCAGAUUUGGUUGAUACGGAUCCUUUGCAAGAUACGUUGUCUAGUACCAAGGAAUCUGAAAAAGGUCAAUUGAAGUCUGUUUUGGAGGCUGGCCAGGUCUCAUCUGCGCUGACUUGCCACUCCUUUGGGGAUGGAUCUGGGGCUGCAGGCUUGGAGUUGAACUGUCCGUCAGUGGGAGAAAACACUAUGAAAACGGAACCAACCUCUCCCCUUGUGGAAUUACAGGAUAUUUCAACUGUGGAAGUAACAAAUACUUUUAAGAAAACAGAUGAUUUUGUGUCAUCUAAUGCGCCAGCUGUCGACCUAGACCACAAAUUUAGAUGCAAGGUUGUGGACUGUUUAAAAUUUUUCCGCAAAGCCAAACUGUUGCACUAUCACAUGAAAUACUUCCAUGGAAUGGAGAAGUCACUGGAGCCAGAGGAGAGCCCGGGAAAGAGGCAUGUCCAAAGCAGGGGCCCUUCAGCUUCAGACAAGCCCAGCCAAGAGACACUGACCAGGAAGCGGGUCUCUGCCAGUUCCCCAACUGCAAAAGACAAGGAAAAGAAUAAAGAAAAGAAAUUCAAAGAGUUUGUGAGAGUGAAGCCAAAGAAGAAAAAGAAAAAGAAAAAGAAAACCAAACCUGAAUGCCCCUGCAGUGAAGAGAUCAGUGACACCUCCCAGGAACCUUCUCCCCCUAAGGCAUUUGCUGUUACCAGGUGUGGGUCCUCACACAAGCCAGGUGUCCAUAUGAGCCCGCAGCUCCAUGGCCCAGAAUCUGGACACCAAAAAGGGAAAGCGAAAGCAUUAGAGGAGGAUAAUUUGAGUGAGUCCUCUUCUGAGAGCUUUCUCUGGAGCGAUGAUGAGUACGGCCAAGAUGUGGAUGUGACCACCAAUCCAGAAGAGGAACUUGAUGGGGAUGACCGCUAUGACCUUGAGGUGGUCCGUUGCAUCUGUGAGGUCCAGGAAGAAAAUGACUUCAUGAUUCAGUGUGAAGAGUGCCAGUGCUGGCAGCAUGGGGUCUGCAUGGGAUUACUGGAAGACAAUGUGCCCGAGAAAUACACCUGUUAUGUUUGCCAAGACCCUCCAGGUCAGAGGCCUGGCUUCAAGUACUGGUAUGACAAGGAGUGGCUCAGCAGGGGACAUAUGCAUGGCCUGGCAUUUCUAGAAGAGAACUACUCCCAUCAAAAUGCCAAGAAGAUCGUGGCCACCCACCAGCUUCUUGGUGACGUGCAGAGAGUGAUUGAGGUUCUGCAUGGCCUGCAGCUCAAGAUGAGCAUCUUGCAAAGCCGGGAGCAUCCUGAUCUGCAGCUGUGGUGCCAGCCUUGGAAACAGCACUCAGGGGAGGAGAGAUCUCAUUCCAAAAACAUCCCUAUUACUGACACCAGGAGCAAGGAGGAAGCCCCAAGCUAUAGAACUUUGAACGGGGCAAUGGAGAAGCCCAGGCCCCUGGCCUUGUCCCUGCCGCGUUCUGUGGAGGAGUCCUACAUCACCAGUGAGCACUGCUACCAGAAGCCCCGCGCCUAUUACCCUGCUGUGGAGCAGAAGCUGGUGGUGGAGACAAGGGGCUCUGCCCUCGACGAUGAGGUCAACCCCCUCCAUGAGAAUGGCGAUGAUUCCCUCUCCCCGCGCCUGGGUUGGCCUCUAGACCAAGACAGGAGCAGGGCGGACAGUGACCCCAAACCCAGCUCCCCAAAGGUGAAGGAAUAUGUCUCCAAAAAGGCCCUACUAGAGGAAGCUCCUGCUCGGAAGCUGCUGGACAGAGGCGGAGAGGGGCUGCUGAGCUCCCAGCACCAGUGGCAGUUUAACCUGCUGACCCACGUGGAAUCUCUUCAGGAUGAAGUCACACACAGGAUGGACUCCAUUGAGAAGGAGCUAGACGUGUUGGAGAGCUGGCUGGACUACACUGGGGAACUGGAGCCCCCAGAGCCGCUGGCCAGGCUUCCACAGCUCAAGCAUUGCAUCAAGCAGCUGCUGACGGACCUCGGCAAGGUGCAGCAGAUCGCCCUCUGCUGCUCAACAUGAAACUGGGCACCCAAAACUCAUGGGGGCACAAUCCUGGGGCACCCGCAGGUGGAGCUUCGCAUAUUUAAAUAAAUAAACCUAGCAUGCUGAAUGCACGUGACACCGACUGACUUCAGGGAUCUGGGCUAGGAAUGUGAUGGACAUUGGACAAAGAGGCCAUUUUGGCUGCUGGAAGACACUCUGAUCUUGAAGCCUACCAGAAAGGUAGCAAAUAGACUCUUGGGAUUCCCUUCUUCUGUGCACAUCGUUGAAUGAAGAGAGUCUUUUUGCACAAACUUCACUUGAAAUCGUGCCACUGAUGAUAAAUGGAAUGAGAGCCAAAAAAGUUUAGUUGGAGACAGUUGUAAAUUCAAUUUGCAGUUUAUUUAAUUGACUUUUCUGUCAGGUUGGGGCACAUGCCAGCUCCCUGGUUUCUGCCUGGCAUGGUGUUUAGGCAGCAGACAUCAUUUUCCUUUUCUAGCUUCAUGGGAAUGUUGUGACCUCACCAUGCUCUGGAGGUUGGGAAGGAGCAGAGUCUUGGCUGCCCUGCUUUCUCCUUAGGACUCUUCACUUUUCUCACCACAUCUCUUGCAUGAAUUCAUGGUACUGGGGACAAGUUUGUAUGCUUUUACCCCAGAGCUGGCUGGGUUAUGGCUUUUGUAGCAGAGCCCAUACAGCCUAUGGAAGAACUAGAAUCCCACAGUAAUAAGAAUCUAGGAAGAAUUCCAAACUGCAGCAGGCAGGGUCUGGAACCCAAAGGACGGCAUUUUCUAUCCACUUCUUAAUAUUGACAGCUUCCCAGUUUUUAUUUAAUGUCCAAAAAAAUGUUUCCCAAAAUUUUGAACUCUUUCACUGUAAAGAUUUGUUAAAAGAAUGUGGUUUGGGGAGUUACCUUAUUUUAUAUUGUUGUAAACAGACUUCAGAUUCUAUAUGUGCCGCCUUUCUCCUUCCUGAAGGGUAUGUUGAGUAGUCAGUGUUUUCCGAAUUGUUUUGUUACUGUGUUUUCACAUUUUAAAUUCCCUGUUUGUAUUAUUUUGUGAGAUCAAGGUGAUUAUGCUGCUUAAGGUCCAGGCACAACCUAUUUGUACCUUUUGAGACAACAUUUGUGUUACUUUUGCAGGUUAUGUUUCCACAUAUAAUUGCUGUAUUUUGUUUUGUUUUUCCUUACUAGGCAAAGUUAAAAUAUUCCAUGCUUUGAGGAGUGACCCAUUUCACUACUUUGUUUUCUUAUCACUAUAAGGCAGAAAUCAAAGCACAGUUGUCCAUUAACACUUAGAAAUUAAUUAUGGGUUUAUGAGUCUGUAAUGUUAUAUUGCUGCAAACAUUUACUAUGUAAACGUGAAGUAGCCAAUAAUAUCUCAAUCGUAGUAACAGUAUCUUUAGUGACCUUUGGAAUAGUUAAGCACAGGUCAUUGUGGUCAUGAAUUCAGGCCUCUGUACUAAGAUCUAUUUCAGGGAAUGCUCUGUCUAGUGAUUUGCUCAUCAUUUGAUACAUAAUGAAUUAUAGGACAAGUAUAAGCUGAUCUGCUAUAGCUGAUCCAUCAGCGAGAAUACAUGUGGCUACACGUCUGUAACAAAACUGACAAUUCCUCUACAAGAGGCUGUUUCUCACUGCGGAUGUUGGUGUUUCUGUGCGGGAAGAAAUGCACAGAUGUGCACGGCAUGUGCGUUCAGACAGCUGCAUUGUUCGAAUUCUGUGAUGCAGUCUGAAAAGGGAAGAAACAGGAUGGCCUUCUGUAGCCACAACUGUGAGGUGUGAUGAUUGUUAUAUUAUUAGAUUACUGAUUGUUCUUUUCUGAAGAUACAUUUGAGUUUUAAUCACAUCUGCGGAAGCUGUAACUUUUAAAGUAGUCAAUUUCAUGUCUUCUUCAAUGAUGGAAGCAGAAACUGAAUUACCCUAAUUUUGCCGACUGGCCAUUAUUGGGUUUAUCGUUUAAUUUUUAGUAAAGGAAGUUAACCCAUUUCACUCAUUGUGACUUUUGUUCUUAGGGAAGCAGAGAAGUCUCCCCAAGUUCUUGUAACCUCAGUGUGCUUCCCUAAUUUAAAGCCAUGUUGAGGGGCUCCAUUACCAAUUCCUAGGUCAAGGUGAAUUAACCCUAAGUUGGAGCACUGGAAACCGUUAUUUGCAAACAUUGCUGUUACAAUUUAGAAAUAUGUGCACUACCGGCCGGGCGCGAUGGCUUACACCUGUAAUCCCGGCACUUGGGAGGCCCAGGCAGGUGGAUCACCUGAGGUCAGGAGUCCAAGACCAGACUGGCCAACAUGGUGAAACCCCGUCUCUACUAAAAAUACAAAAAUUAGCUGGGCGCGGUGGCAGUCGCCUGUAAUCUCAGCUACUCGGGAGGCUGAGGCAGGAGAAUUGCUGGAACCCGGAGGCGGAAGUUGCAAUGAGCUGAGAUCACACCACUGCACUCUAGCCUGGGUGACAACAGCAAGACUCUGUCUCAAAAAAAAAAAAAAAAAAAGAAAAGAAAAAAAAGAAAUAUGUGCACUACCUAAGUUUUGUCUUUUGAGAAAAACUAUCCACCUAUAAAAAAUUACCUUGACAAAAAUAGUUCCGGUUUGACUAAUCAUUUUGUUCUUUGAGUGGUAAGUGUAUGCAAGGUGGAUCCUUGAUGAGCCAACAUUGCACUGUGGAUACAUAUCUAUGUUUACGCGCUAUUAGAACAGAAGGCGCUGUAUAUAGAAGUGUUGCUUUGAAGCAAUAUUUGCAAAACACGCAAACUUCUGUAUCUGUAUUUGGAAAAAAAUAAAACAGGUUCUUGUUGCUA